UAAAAUUAUUCGGUCGAAUCCAAAUUGCAAACAUUUUAGAAAUUCGAUCCCCCAUUUCGAUUUCUCCACCAAACCCUUAACGCAACCAUGCCAUUACUGCCGCCGAUCAUCUUCCUGAUCUUCCCAAUCAUCCUCGCCGCCGUCGCGCCGGAGAAUAAUGACGGCGGCCGCCUCCGUAUGGGCGCGGCGUUGAAGGUUGCGGUGUUCGCGGACCUGCACUUUGGCGAGGACGCGUGGACGGCGUGGGGCCCGCAGCAGGAUUUGGAUUCAGUUAGGGUUAUGUCGACUGUGCUCGAUCAAGAGCACCCCGAUUUUGUUAUCUAUCUUGGGGAUGUGAUCACUGCCAACAAUGUAAUGACAAAGAACGCAACCUCGUAUUGGGAUCAGGCGUUGUCGCCUGCAAGAGACAGGGGAAUACCGUACAGCAGUGUUUUUGGGAACCACGAUGAUGCGGCGUUUGAGUGGCCGUUGGAGUGGUUUUCCGAUGCCGGAAUUCCUGAAGUUCACUGCCCCGAAUCAAAAAGUGGCGACGAGUGCAGCUUUAGAGGGACGGCGCGGUUGGAAUUGUCGAGAAGCGAAAUUCAGUGCGAUCCCACGUUAUCUUACACGAAGGGCGGUCCAAAAACUUUGUGGCCUAGUGUUUCGAAUUAUGUCCUAAAAAUUUUGUCGCCGGGUGAUGAUGAAGAAGAUGUUCUCCACAUGUAUUUCUUUGAUUCGGGAGGUGGUUCAUAUCCUGAGGUUAUAUCGAAUGCCCAAGUAAAAUGGUUUCAGCAAGAAUCUCAAAAAAUCAACCCGGGCUCGAGGUGGAUGAAGAUCGAGACCUUAAUUCCCGAGCCGGAUUCUUUUUUUUCGAUUGUUGAUUUGUCGGAUUUUUUAAUUUUUAGGGUUCCGGAAGUUAUAUUUUGGCACAUUCCGAGCAAAGCUUAUGAAGUAGCUUCGAAGCAACGGUUGGAAGGACGUUGCGUUGGAUCGAUUUUCUUGGAAGACGUCGCCGCUCAAGAAGAGGAAAUGGGAAUGAUGAGAGUUCUCGAGGAAAGGGCUUCGGUUAAGGCCGUGUUUGUAGGACACAACCACGGACUCGAUUGGUGUUGUCCUUACAAGAGCCUUUGGCUAUGCUUUGCUCGCCACACUGGCUACGGUGGAUACGGGACAUGGCCUAGAGGGGCAAGACUUUUGGAAAUUAACCGGGAGCCGUUUUCCCUAAAAUCGUGGAUAAGAAUGGAAGAUGGAGAAACACAUAGCCAUGUUCUUUUGAGCUCUUGACGAUUUCUUUUUCAUUUCCGCCAUCUAAUGGCGCGGGAUUUGUAUAUAUUAUACAAUGCUUUGUGUGUGUGUGUAUAUAUAUAUAUAUAUAUUUGUUCUUCGAAAUGUUCAAUAUUAAUCGAAGCGACAUAAAGGAAUUGCUCUUAAUUGUGACUAGGGAUGGUUCAAUGUACUAUUUCAUCCGCCUUUAAGGAUCACAUUUUCAUUU